AUGACUUCAACUGGCCGCUUACGUACGAUGCGAUGUGAGUUGGGUUAUGUACGUAGAGCCGAUGGCUCCUGCUCCUACUCACAAGGAAGAACUUCACUUUGGGCAAGUUGUUCGGGACCAGGUGACAUUCAUAUUGCUCGUCGUGAAGAUGAACAAAUGCACCUCGAUGUGAGUUUCCGCCAACUCACAGGAGAUUGUCAAUAUCAUCAGGUGUGUUGCCAGUUUUUUUAG